GGGGAAGGAGGGCGGAGGCGGAGGCCAGUUCCCUAGCUCCAGCCGCGGUCGCCGCCGCCUGUGUAGUUGCAGGCGCUGCUGUCUCCCGCCAGCUCGCUCUGGGGAAAGAGAACGCGCGCGAGCUCCGGCGUCCCCGCCCCAGCCUUUCUGGGAGCCAUGAACCCCAAUUGCGCCCGGUGCGGCAAGAUCGUGUAUCCCACCGAGAAGGUGAACUGUCUGGAUAAGUUCUGGCAUAAAGCAUGCUUCCACUGCGAGACCUGCAAGAUGACACUCAACAUGAAGAACUACAAGGGCUACGAGAAGAAGCCCUACUGCAACGCACACUACCCCAAGCAGUCCUUCACCAUGGUGGCCGACACCCCGGAAAACCUCCGCCUCAAGCAACAGAGCGAGCUCCAGAGUCAGGUGCGCUACAAGGAGGAAUUUGAGAAGAACAAGGGCAAAGGCUUCAGCGUGGUGGCAGACACACCCGAACUCCAGAGAAUCAAGAAGACCCAGGACCAGAUCAGCAAUAUAAAAUACCACGAGGAGUUCGAGAAGAGCCGCAUGGGCCCCGGCGGGGGAGAGGGCGUGGAGCCCGAGCGCCGAGAUUCCCAGGACGGCAGCAGCUACCGGAGACACCAGGAGCAGCAGCAGCCCCACCACAUCCCGAGCAGCGCCCCAGUUUUCCAGCAGCCCCAGCAGCAGCAGGCGGCCCCGUCCUACGGGGGCUACAAGGAGCCCGCAGCCCCAGUCUCCAUACAGCGCAGCGCCCCAGGCGGUGGCGGGAAGCGGUACCGUGCAGUCUAUGACUACAGCGCUGCCGACGAGGACGAGGUCUCCUUCCAGGAUGGGGACACCAUCGUCAACGUGCAGCAGAUUGAUGACGGCUGGAUGUACGGGACCGUGGAGCGCACGGGCGACACGGGGAUGCUGCCGGCCAACUAUGUGGAGGCCAUCUGAGCCCGCGGGCGCCGCCUCGCCCACCCUCCUCCAGUGCAUUCCACGGCAUCGCAUCGUCUUGGGCGUGGCCUGCCCGCCCUUCCGUGUCUCUUGUGUUUUCAGAUCUGCAACAGCUUGUUUCUUCCCACUCUCCUCCAGCUGCUUUCGCCAACUGAAGCCUUGUUCUGCCACUUUCGCGGGCUCCUUCCUCUGGCAGGUUUUCCCCAUGACCAAUGUCUUGGUUUUCUCUCUGGAUGGAACAGGUGUGGACCUUCCCGGGGGAGGCUGAGGUCCUUGGGGCCGCUCUGGAACGGGGGUCCCGUGGGCUCCCAGGCCUCUGCCUUCUCUCUCUGUUUUGGCCCCUCGGACCCUCCCGCCCACCACCUCACACACCUGAACAUUCCGGGCUGGGGUGAGCCCCAGACCCCCAGGCCUCCCAGGGCAAGGACUCCACACAUUCCCCAGAGUGGGGCCCCGCCGCCCUGGUCCCUGGGGUGGGACUGCCACUGUGUAGGCGCCAGUGAGAGGGCUUGGCUCCUAGAGAUGGGGCUGCUGGCCCUCUGAGGGGUCCCCUCACCACCCUCUCCCCUUCUCAGAGACAGCGGAGGAGGGUGCAGUUCCCACUUUGGGGUCCGUUUCUCCUCACACCGGUCCUCCGCACACUGUGAUUUUGCUCUCCUGUGCCCGCAGACCGGGUGUGGGCUUGGAGCUCCCCAGGAAGCACGGCUUGGGUCAAGUCCUGGCCUUUCUCACUUGUAGGGACAGCUGCAGGAAGGAAGGGAACAGGGUGUUCUCUCCCGUAGCCCUUUUUUUGCCUCACUCUUCCCAGUCCCCGAGGACCCUGGCUUGCCUCCUUGACUGGACGCUGUGGUUCUCAAAGGGGAGGCAAGGCAGCCUCAGGCCUUUGGCCUUAGAGGCUCAGCCCCCCGAGAUCUGGGCCGGGGGGGCCACUCCUCCCGACUCCUCAUGGCAGGGUGCCUUCCCUUGGCCUCCCCACCCCCGCCCGUCCCCCAGUGGACUGGAACCAUGUGAAGCCACAGGAUCUUCCAUGUCUCCAGGACUUAGCAUGUGGGGGGAGGGGCGUGUGUGUCUGCAGGUGUGUGAGCCAGAGUGAGUGUGAGCGAAGGGGCAGGGUGCGGGUGGCAGGAGUCUGUGGGCUUACGUGGGGGUGCACAGAACAGUUCUCCCCUAAUACUUUUCUCAAAACCCACGGGGGGGGGCAGGGAAGAGAAGUUCCUUCAUUUUCUUUGGAUGAAAAUUCCUCCUUCCAUCCAGAAACAGAGGCAGCCCACCUACCCUUCUUGCAGUGUGCUGGGCAGAAGUGAGGGGCUGGUGGGAGAUGCGUGGGGCUGACAGAGCCUGCUGAGACGGGUGGGGGAAGGCAUCGUGGCUCCAGGCACAUUCUCGUCUGCUUUCCCUGUGUCCCGCGCUGCAGACAGGCGCCAGAGGAGCCUGCGUUACCUACGCUGUGGGUGCCUUACUCUGGGGGCUCUCGCCCCAGUCCUCUCCCUUACUUAACUAAAGUCCCCUUGAGGUGUUGAGAGAGGGUCCCAGGGCUACAAAACUGGACACACAGACCCUGGGGUGAGGAAGGGAGAGUGGUGCUAUCUCCAGGUCCCUUCUGUCCCUCGCUGGAGGCUGUGACAACCCUGUCCUGGCUUCAUUCAUCUCUAGGCUUUCUCGUUCCCCUCUGGGCCUCCCCCUCCAUCUUCGCCCUGUAGGACAACUUUGCAUCCUCACACCCUGCGGUGGUGGGCCGCAGGCACAAUGGGCAAGUCCUCCCCGCCUGUGAGUCAAGUUGGAAAUAUUUACCCCAACCAGAGAGCUUAGGAAAUGACUGAGGGGGAGGAGCCCCUGCCUGACCAAGCACCCCUUUAUCUGCUUGGCCUCAGCCAGGUGAGGACUGGGGGAGGGUCUCAUACUGGGUGAUUUGGGGGAUGAGGGAGCGAUAUUGGGGGCCUUGGGAGAGGCGCUGGGUCACCCUGUUUCCUCUUGAUCUCAAAGCACAACAUGGAUUGUGGGACCAAAGGUCAAAGAUGUGUCCUGCAGAGAGAGGAUCUGUGGUCGGACGGGCGGAGGAGGAGCAAGGAACAGCCUUUUAACUCAGCUUCAUUUCCCUUCCAAAACAAGGCAGGCCAGCCACUGGAAUCUUGCUGCUGGCCCUCCGCUCCUCCCAUCCUAAAAAUAGGGGGCCUUUUCUUAUACACCCCAGAGAGAGGAGGGACUGGUGCUGAAGGACGCAGGGGCUGCUGGGAGUCCUGUUCCUUUCCAGAACUAUCCAUCCCUAAAAGAGCACAGACGCAGGGGCUGGGUGGAGGCCCAGGUCUUCUCUCACAGUUCACAGAGGUCUUUUAGCCUGUAUCCCAGGAAAGAAGAUACAGCAAAACUAGAAUGUGAAUAUAACGUUAGUGGACCAAUAACAAAACGCAAGAAGCCCAAUAGUGAGACAGUGAAUUUUCUCAACACUGCUUCCUGUUUUCUUCCUGAUGUCCCUCCAGGGAAAACUAUUGCUUAAUUUCUGCCUUUUUUCCCCUUCACAUAAGCACUUUUGGGCCUCCCCCCUUUUUUUUAAUAGCUGGAAAAUGCCACCCACAGACCUGUAUUUAAAAAGAAACAGAAUUGACCGUGUGAAAUUUGCCUCUGUCCAGACAUUUCAUCCGUGUGUGAGCCGUCAUUCAUCCUUUUAUAUGGGGUGGUUGUCUUCCUGGUCUGUUUGGUCCCCUCCCUCGUGGGCUUGUGCUUGGGAUCCAAUCCUUCUGGCCUGUUAUGAUUCUGAACAUUUGACUUGGACCACAAGUGAAUCUGGUGACUCAAAUAAAAGUAUAAUUUUUA